AUUGUUGGCACUACGGGCGUCUACGCCUGCGUACUUUAUAGUAUUUAUUUGCAAGCGCUCGGAAGCUUGCGUUGCCAAAUAACAUGACAGCCUGAGCACUUUACGUCACGUGACAGAUGACGUCUACAUUCUGGUGUUAGACGUCACUUCCCUCGUAAACUUCUGAGUGCUUCCGACUGAUUUUUCGUUAUGCGUAUUCGACCGACUCGACGACGAGUUUCCUUUCGGAUAGCGUGCUGUUGCAGGUGCUUGUCGUUGCAGCUCUCCAAAACUGCACUGUUUGAGCGGCGCGGCGCGGGUACUUACGCCUAGAAGUGUUUUCACUGGGGCCAAGCCAGAGUUUAGCCCGUGCUAGCAGGGUUAGCAGCGGACCCUUUCCGUUUUGGCCAUUGCAGGUCACUGUGCUUUCAGCCUUUCAGACCUGGAGUCCGAGGUGCGGCUACGAGAGAGUGAAGGUGUGCCACCACCACAGUUGGAGGCGGCAACAUGAGUGAUGAUAUUGGCGAUGCCGCGAAGCCUCAAGAGGGUGCUGCAGGCGGCAGAGACAUCUCAAGCAGUGGGCACAUGCCCGCCAAGGAGGGUGCUCGCUUCCACACAUCAAGUGAAAGCAGCAAUGGCGAAGAGUCGGGCGAGUCUGCCAUGGAAGGUCUGACGCUCUCAAAUGGGGAGGUGAAACAGCCUUCGCCCAUCAAGAAGAAGGCUCGUGAUUCAUCUGUGCCUGGCCCAUUGGUCCUAGAAGGAAGCUUUGGUGCUGUGCCUGAGUCCCCACCGAAGUUUGUCUCGUUGGACCAAAUCAUGAAGACUGCCGACGAGAUGACAAACAUGGCCCUGGCUCACGAAAUAGCUAUGGAAGACUCUUUUGAGCUGAAGAAGACAGAGUAUCCACAAAACAGCCUGGAGCAGCUGGUGAAGGAAACACUGCAUAAAGCUUUCUGGGACAUCCUCGAGAAACAGCUCAGUGAGGAUCCGCCAAAUUAUAACCAAGCCAUGCGGCUGCUGGAAGAUACAAAGGAGGGUCUGCUGGGCCUGGUGAUGCCGUACAGCGGACGACUGCGCGAGGAGAUUGAGCAGGUGCUCGACAUUGAGCUCAUCCGCCAGCAGGCAGAGCACGGCACCCUCGACUUCCUGGCUUAUGCACGGCACGUUAUCUCGCUGAUGGCUCGCAUGUGCGCGCCAAUCCGGGACGCCAGCAUCAAGGAGUUGCUUGAGAUCAAGGAGGUCGUGCCGCUCUUCAGGGGCAUCUUGGAGCAACUUGACCUGAUGAAGAUCGACAUGGCCAACUUCACCAUCCAGCAGGCUCGGCCACUCAUCCAGACACACUCGGUCGCCUACGAGCAGGACAAGUUCAAGCAGUAUCUGGAGGCGCAAGCCACCGCCGACCCUUCUGUCGACCCACUCGGCCACACCAAGCUGUGGCUGAAACGGAGCUAUGAUCACCUCCGCAACCUCAGUGACCAGCACAGUCCGGACCCCAUCAAUGGACCUGGCUGCAAGGGUCCCGGCUUCUCGAGUGUCCUGGCGGGCGCCUACAUGGAGCUGCUGUCCUGGCCUGAUGAUGAGCCUUACCCAGAGACCUUGCGGCUAGAUGAGGCCCGCUACAGAGGGCUGAAGGACAAGGUGCACCUGGCUGCCCUGGUGGCCAGCAUCCUGAGCAUCACCUACCGACUAGGGGGCGCCGUGCUGCAGGGCAUCUCCGACUUCAAGGACGACCUCAAGAGUCACACACAGCUUCUCCUCGAAGGCUCUGCCAACUGCAGUGAAGAGGAGCUGAGGGAGACCCUCAAAAGUGUGGCCAGUCAGGUGAUCAAAGAAGUGCAGGAGUGCUUGCAGAAGCAUGGCUUCAACCAGCUCCAAAUCAGCCAGGAGCGCGUGCUCUACGACCAGAUUGUCGUCAUGACCUCCCCUGAGCACCAUGUCCGGAAGCUGCUCUUGAUGCGUGUCCUGGACUUCAUCAAAGCGGCAAUUUCCUCUGGGUCGGUGCGGCCCACCCAGAUUCCUCCGGGUCUGUCGGCUCUCGAGAAAGAGCUGACGACCAUCACGGGUCAGUUCCUCAGGCUUGUGACGCACAACAGGGCGGUGUUUGGAGAGACGUACGGUGACAUUGUCGCGGAGCUCAGGAAGGCCUAGACAGCCGGGGACCGGUCUGCCACGAUUGGGAGACAUGUGACAAGUGUGACCGGGAGAUGUGUGACGAGUGUGACCGGGAGACCUGUGACGAGUGUGACUGGGAGACAUGUGACAAGUGUGAUCAAGAGACACGUGUUUUCUUUUUUUCUCAGGGGGGGGGGGGGAGUUAUUCCCUUUUACUGAGUAUGUGCAGUUUGGCCCUCUACUAUUGGGACAGUGGUACAGUCCUGUGGGACAGUCCUGUGGGAGAGUGCCUGAAACAUCCGGUGAAAGGUUUGUCAAAUUGUGAAGUGCAUGCUAUCUUGGUGACACUUGUUGCGAACUGAAAGACAGUGCGAAGAUUGAUAGACAGUCGUGGGCUGGGCAGUGUUGCAAGCUGCAAGGCAUCUUGUGUGUGCACUGCAGCCUGCAAUAUGAGUGACGUGAUUGGACAGCACAGCGAGUCUCUGAAUACAGUGGCCCUAAGUGGCAAUGAUCUUGCCGCGUACAAUUAAAGAGGUGAGUUGGUCCUGAUGUGUGCGCAUUUAAGUUUAAUGUCUUCUGCAAAUGACUUUGUGUAAUGCCUUGUAAUGAAAUGUUUAUAAUAUAACGUAUAAUAUAAUAUUUCAGGAAGGUGUUCAAUGUUUAGUAGUGAUGUUUUUGAUGUCAUUUGGAAACUAGGACCAUGACCAACUGCCUAUGCAUGCUUGUGCUCCAGCAAUGCUUCUUUUUUUAUGGUUUCAUAUUUUCGCUUGCAUUAGAGUGUUUCUAUUCCAUUUCCCCCAAAGAGUUGUUUUGUACCAAUAGAUGUAGACAAAUUAAUUGAGUGCAAAUGUCGUGUGAUGUUGCGGAUUAGUGGUGUAACUUUUACACCUUAUAGUAGUAGGGUGUUCACAUGCUGUUUGCACUCCCUUUGCAGGUGAUCAUUUGCAAAUGUUCCAUAGGUAAGAUGCCUGCUUGAGAGCAUUCUGGGUAAAUUAUUUCUGUAUUUGCGUGAAUAUAACGUGGCUAGAAAUUUAACAUUAGAGCCGAGUCUUGUUCUUUCUGUCCGUGCUAAUGAAUGAUCCUAGUCUUUAGGGUUUAAAACAGCAACUGAUGCUGCAUAUACAAUGGCUGCAGCUGAAGGCUUAGCAAAAUGAAAGAAGCAUGGGGAGGUAUUCGCAGAAUUAAUGGCUGUGAGCAUUUAAACUAACUUGUUUCAGUCAUAACCUGUAAAUGCUGCAGACUGAGUUGGCUAUGGCUAUGGCUUACUAUGGCUGCCACUGUUGUGCGCUGUGCUUCAGCCGUUCUGCCAUCUUGCCAUUAUUGCACCAUGUUGCACAACGUUACAUGCUGGGCUGUACAAGGAAGCCAGCGACAAAAUUGCGUGGUGGUUAGGGCGGGCUUGUUGCCACAUCGCUUAGGUGUUUGAUGGUCACACCCACCAAAUGCUAAAGCGAAGGAAAUGGAUGUACAUUUGCUGCAUUGUUCAGAAUCUUGCGCAGUGUGCACAUUUAAGCUUAAAGAAACAGAUACUCUAAGGAAGCUGGGUUAUACUUGUGCAAAUACUGUACUAAUUUCUCUAUAUUAUAAGCUGUUUAAAAUAGCUGGCACUAAAUGUACGAGCUGCUUCGCAUCCGUACACAUCUUUACCACAAACAUCAACUUUGUUCACUGGUUAUCAGCACUGCCUGACAAGGUUGCUAAGCAACCUGACCAACUUUCAGCACAUAGCCUUAGGUUGCAUCUUGGCUUUAUGGGCAUGCAGUGGCCAGAAAGAAAAAAAAAAAGUCUCACAGUUGUGCCCAUAAUUCACUCCUUUAAAGGCCCCUCACCAGGCUAUAUAGGAAAUGUUUAUUAUACAUUGGAAAUUGUUAGGUGCCCUCUUAGGAGUGUACUACCGCAAGAACAAACAUUUGUUCUUGCGAGGCCAUCCACGAGGCCAUGUUUUCAGGAGGCGAGCACCGCCACCAGCAUAGACAUGUGCACCCUCUCCACUGGCCCCGUCUAGCCACCGCAAGCGAAACAAGCGAAAUUCCUUCCCUGCUUUCUCCCAUAUCGGAGCUGGAGGAUUGCGUGACAAAUAUGCCAUGGGCCCUGUCUCUCUCUCUCGUUUUUGACAGGUGGCGCAUUUCCAGUGACAGUUUCGCACACGAGCUGUUGCGUCUGUCUUGUUCCAUACAUCGGACGAUUUUGCAUGCUCUGCAGUGGUGUAAAUCAGUGCCACAAUCACGAGCACUGCGGCAGGUGUGAGGGGAUGAAACAGCAUUAAUGCCGUGCCAGAACGCAAUAGCAAAUGACGUGGUGUUGUUUUCUGCACAAGCGACUGCAUGACAUGGGAACAAGCAGACAAAAUGGCAGUACAUCUCUCUUGCUAGGGUACGAAGUAAAAGAAAAACACACAGACGUUCAUUUCGUACGUUUCGUUAUUUCUAUGAACAUUUCAUUCGUCUAUUGAAGCAACAGAUUAAACAAAUAACCAAUGUUGCCGUGCAUAAUUCUCGAAGUUGCUUGUCACUAUGAGUGACCUCACAGCGCUACCGUGUACAUAAGUGCACUUGCAUGAGUAACGUCGACUCUCUGGCUGGGAGCGCGGUGUGCAUGAGGAGGACGGCAAGCGGCAUUUGAUGUGAAAUUCAAGUGCUUUUCAUGGCGUGUAGGGCCGUAAUACCUAGCAGGCACGAUCGUUAGCACGCAUUGUGUGCACUGCAUUUGUCAGUUCAAUAUCGUCACACCUGGUGAGGGGCCCUUUAAACACUUUGAUAUAACAUUCUGUGGACAUCGCUUUGCAGCUAUAGUAGUACAUAUUAAAGUCACCUAUGUGUGGCUCAGGGCCCUUGUAAAUAAGAUGACAGCUAAAUAUCUGUGCUUUAAUAUUCAUGUUUUCUUUCUUGCACUGCAAAUAUUUCUGUACACUCUUUGCUGCAUGUUUGAUUACAUUGACCAUGUACUUAAUCCUGAUGAGUAUAAAAUGCACAUAAAAUGUGCGUGCAUAUAUGUUUGUGCGCUAAAGCAAGCUUUAAUAGAAAGUCAUCUUUGUUUUUUUGGUUUGAGGCAUGCAAAGCUGCCUGCUGAGUGUGAGUCAUUGUGCUGUGGUGUAGCUAUCGCAACAUUUGUUGCGAAAGAGCGAUGCUUUCGUUAUUUAUCAUUGUUGACGUGUUUUGAAGUCUACCGAGGUUAUUACCUGUUAUCUUUGAUGGGCUGCGGGCACUGGCAAGCUUGCCAAAAUGUGCGUUUUGUCCUGUGAUGCUACAAAACGAAACCGUAAAUAACUGGCUAAAUCAUUACCUCCGAUUCGCCACUGCUGGAAACAGCAUUUUCGGUGUAUCGAAGCAUGGUAGGCUUCAGGCGGCAUCACUUGAGCUUUGGUUGGUGCAACAUUUCUUUUGAGCCCGUCUCUGUUGCAUGUUAUAUGGUACCAAUUACUCGGCAUUUAUGCUUUCGUCUAAUAAAGUCUCUUUUGCAAUUGUGUGAAACAGUU